CUCCCGACAUCCCACACCAAAACCAAGGAGAUUCCUUCGAUGAGAAAACUUCUGGAUCUGUGACAUAUCGAUGAAAUGUCUGAUCAGGGUGAGCUGUACGAGAAGUCCUGGAUUCUAUAUAAUAUCCUAGACAGAUAUUUAGGGAGCCCUGAGGAUGUGACUGGCAGAAGGAGUCUAGCAGUGUCGAUGGAUCAACUAGUGUCUCCUAGAGGAAGAACAAUCGAAACCUUUUCCACGGGAAGUAAAGCAGAAGGAUAUAUGUUUUGGUGGGCGGACAAGGACAUAAUGCAUAUUGACAAAAAUGUUAUAGUUAUUUGUCCAGGUAAGGACAUCAGUAAUCAACGCAACAGCGCAAAUAAAUCAGUUGUCAUGAUGAGAGAGGCUUAUUGCAGACCUGGAUAUGUAAACCUAGAACUACUUCAACUUGGACAGAUGUGUUGUGUACCCUUUGCGGAAUCCAUUGUUCUUGUCGGGGAUGCACUGUUCAUAUCAAGUGAAAUACACAAACAAGCAUGUCAUAAUUUAUUCGAUAGUACGUUAGAGCAAGAUAACGAAAUCCAUGGUCCAGCAGUUACGACAAAGAAGAAACACAAUAACUUUGUAUAUGAAGUCGAUAAAGUUAUGUCCCUCCCUUGUUAUAAUUGGCCAGAUGAGGCUAAGGAGUGGGUGAGUAGACCACGCCUAUAUAACUGGCCAGAUAAAGCUUUGAGAGAUCAGAUAUUACAAGGUGGUUGUCAUCUAGUCCCUGUAGGGGAUAAAACGUCUGCUGCUGACCAAUCCCUACAGUGGAGGAUUUCUUUUGUAACUGCGGAAAGGAAACUUAUGCAUUCUCUGACUCAUGUCCAGUUUUUAGUGUAUGGACUUCUCAAGUACUUCCUCAAGCAGAUAUCUGGCAUGUUGGAGCGAAUAUUAGGGGAAACAGAUAUUAUAUCUUCCUAUAUUAUAAAAACAGUUGUAUUACAUGCAGUAGAAAGCACAACAAAAUCGUUUUGGGAAGAAAAACAUACAUUUCUUUGUUUCAUGUUUUGUUUGAAGAUUUUGAUCAAUUGGGUGAAAGCAGGACAUUGUCCAAAUUAUUUUAUUCAGAACAACAAUAUGUUCCUUGGCAAAGUUUAUGGUACAAAUCAAAAGAAACUUCUUCGCUAUCUCGCUGACCUCCAUGAUAUGAACUGGAAAUGUCUUUCAGUUGGAACAUGCAUACGACCAUCAAUAGGAGAGCGCAUCCAUAGUGUGAUGAACGGAGAAUGGGAAAAAGUACAACAUGAACUAACACACACAGGUUUUGCAAAAUACUUGAAUAUAGUCCUCGAGGCAUUUACUUUAGGCCAUACUAGACUUCCCGGGGGUUUGGAACUCCUUUCAGCAUCAACGUCGGACAUAGGUGAAUUCAUAGGUUACUUCCAAACAGUUCAAGCACUAUCUCAUACAGGGAUGAAGACAUUCAGUGAACACGUCACUGCUACAGGAAAUAAAGAGAAGUACAGAUCUCUCAGGAAAUGCAAAAACCUACUGAGGCCGUUUGCAACAGUAAGUAAAAGUCCUGGACUACUAAUACUGGCAACAUUUUACUACCAAACUGGGAAUUACAUGAAAACACUGGAAGUGUGUGGACACGUGAUCUCUGCAUUCAAAGUUUAUCUUUUCCGUCGUUCACGUAGAGAUAUGAACAGGUAUGAGCAGCUCUAUUGUGGACGUGGAAACAACUUACUUCACAAAAGCCAGGCCUUUGUGUCAGAUAUCACGUUCACGCAAGAAGAAACACAUUUCUGUCCAUCCCAGUUACAUCCGGAGAUUAAACAAUGUCCUAGCGGUCCUGUAUUUAUCCCUCCACUCCCUUAUGCCGUGUUCCUAUCUUUCCUGUGCUACCAUGGACUCGGAGACAGCAGGAGACGUGACACAGCCUUGAGACAACUUCGGGCCACAAAGUAUGACGAGGAACAGGGAGGGAGUAAGAAUUGGAUAAUCCAAAAUCUCUUGGGGAUCUGUUUUGAAAUGGUUGGGGACACGCGCAGGGCUCUCAUGGAAUACAGAGAAUCUGUUGGUGUUGUUGGUGAUGGUCUUGGAAGAAAUAAACGAAUUUCAAACCCUGCAAUGGAGCGAAUAGAACGGUUACAACACUCACAAUAAAGACAAUCAGACGACAAUUAAUGUAAUACUUGUACAUCUAGCUAGGAUUUAAGUUAUACAUCAAAACAUUUCAGGCUUAAUCAGUAUUUUUGUGAUGUUUAACUAGGCUUAACUAUAUCAGUAUCAUCGUAUAUACCAGCUUGAUGGCAAGCUACUUAACAUUUGUUUGGGGCACUGUCAUAACGCUUAAGACUGGUGGAGUUAAACAUUGGUUUGAUAAUUAGACAGGUUUUGUAUUUCACGACAGUGAUUCUUUGACUUGUGUUUUCCAGUAGGUUAUUAUCUUUUAAUUCAAGGAAAACAUAUUGAUUUCAGAAAUUUAUUUUAACCGUAGUAAUGCAUUUCUAUGGACAAUUUCAAGUUGAGAAGCGUUGAUGAAUCUCUUGCCUUUUUAAGUAGGAGAGCUGGAUGACCCGGAAAUUCCAUAUCACGUGACACAUUUAAUAUGUCGUAUUAAUAUGCAUAUACAAUGAGCGUACAUUUUUACAAUGAACAUAUCUGCAAAAAACCGUAGAGAUACAAUGAACAUCCAUUUACAUGGUUCAAACAUGUAAAAUGAGCAUUCAUAACAAUGAACAUGCAUUACCAAUAAAUUGAACAUAUUUGAUUAAUACGCGCCCAUGUACACAUUAUAUUCAAGCACAAUGAGCAGAUAUAAAGAAUGAGAUAGCAUGUAUACUGAG